AAAUAAAAUUUUCAAUGCAAAUUGGGCUUAUGAAUUCCCAGAAGCUUAAGAUCCAAUAAGACGAAAACGAACAUCUUCUCGCAACUCUCGCCUGAGGCAUUCAAUCUGAACACUCACAACCACCAAUCGAACGAACCCUAGCUCGUUCCUCUUCAUUUUCAACUCAGGGUCUUAUUAUCAACCAAUGGCGUCAACUGGAGCAGUGCCGUUCUGGAGGGCAGCGGGAAUGACAUACAUAACUUACUCCAACAUAUGCGCGAACCUUGUCAGGAAUUGCCUCAAGGAACCUCACAAGACCGAAGCUAUCGCUCGUGAGAAAGUCCAUUUCUCUCUUUCGAAAUGGGUUGACGGCAAACCCGAAAAACCUACUCUUCGAUCAGACACCCCAGAUCUUUGAGUCGGAAUGCAUGCAGAAUUGUUUGAGAUCUGCUGGAAGUUAAUUGACAUUUGAACCUUUUGGAUUUUAUGUUUUCCAUUGUAGUUUUUUUGUCCAUGAUAUGGCCACAUGCACCAAAUUUUGGAUUUGCAUGGUUAAUCUUGUAAUAAUUAAAGUUUGAACACAACAAAGUUGGGCACAAGUUUAUGAAAUAAUUUACAUGGCAAUAUUCCUCCCUA